UUUUACAAAAGAAUUAAUCAUCACUUUAAUUCAUUCGCUCAUUUCUGAUAACGAAUUUAACGCGAAGAAACAUGAUAACUUACUUAUUCAACAAUUAAAACCUCUAGUAAUUGACAGUGAAGAUAAACAUGAGGAAUCAGUAGAUGAAUAUCCUGAAGGUGACUCAUGCGUAGUCUGUAAAAAGCCUUAUGAUAGUACCCUCUUUUGUGUUAGAAGAAUCGUUCAUUGCUUCGGUGUCACCCGUGAACCAUCUGGAUAUUAUAUGAUGGUUACUAAUUUUGCAAAUGAGGGUGAUUUAAAUUCAUAUAUUAAAAAACGACAUCAAGACUUGAACGGCAAUAUCCUAAAUCAUGUGACAUGCAAUGGAAUCACAUGGACUUGGCUUGGCGACUUGGGAUUAAGUGUGAAAGAAGAGGAUGUUGAACGUCUAGUGAUGGAGAAUGGACCAUUGUUUGGAAAGAUUGGAUAUAUGGCACCUGAAGUGCUUCGUUGCACACAAAUAUAUACAAAAGCUGCAGAUGUUUAUUCUUUUGGAAUGAUACUUUGGGAGUUGACCUCUUGCCGUAUGCCAUUCUCCAAUAUGAGACAAGAUAUUCAUCUUAUUUAUGAAAUUAUUGAUGGCAAGAGACCAAAGGUUGUUGAAGGUACUCCACCAGCAUUUGCUAAACUUAUCGAAGAUUGUUGGCAAUCUGAUCCAAAUUUGCGGCCGACUAUGGAAGUUGUUCAUAAAAGGAUUUGGUCAUAUGCAAAUUCAAUGAUCAAGGGAAAUCACAAAGACAAAUAUGGAUUUCGAGCGGCGGAGGAGAAAAGAAGUUUAAAUUUGCUGAAAAUGGUGACGAUGAAGCAAGUGUAUCCAGUUGUUAUAAAUAGUCAACAAAUUCCGAAGCCACCAUCAUCAUUUGCGCGAAGAUUUAAUCAAAGUGGUAUGACGAUCUUAAAAUGA